AUCUUAUUUUUUUUCAUUACUCCACAACUAGUAGAUUUUAUAACUAAAAGGCAUCACUGCUGUACUCUUUCUCCCAUACACAUUUUAUCCACUUUCAUUUCUGCACAGAAAGCAAAAAAAAAGCAACAUGAAUAAUGAUGAUCAAAUGUUAGACAUUUCUCAGUACUAUUCUGGUAUCUACACUCAACAGUUAACUCAACAAGGAGAGGGGAAACAGAAGAGGAGAAGAAAGAAGAACAAAGGAGACGAUGUUGCAAACGGAGUGAUGAUGAUGAUGAGGAAGAGGAAACUAAGUGACGAACAAGUGAAUUUUCUCGAACAGAGCUUUGGUCAUGAACACAAAUUGGAGUCGGAGAGAAAAGACAAGCUUGCCUCGGAGCUAGGACUAGAACCGAGGCAAGUGGCUGUAUGGUUCCAAAACAGAAGGGCUCGAUGGAAGAGCAAGAAACUUGAGGAAGAAUAUGCUAAGUUGAAGAAUGAACAUGAGACUAACAUUGUUGACAUAUGCCGUCUUGAAAAUGAGGUUUUGAAGCAAAAGGAACAGAUAUGUGAAGCAGAGAAGGAGAUACAACGGCUGCUGACGGAGCGAUCCGACGGCGUUUCGAUCAAUAGUCCAACAACUUCAUCACUCUCAAUGGAAGCAUCAGCCAUGGAUCCUCCAUUUCUUGGGGAGUUUGGAUUUGAUAAUACUUUUUAUGGGCCUGGUCAGGGACUGGAAUGGGUUAAUAACCUGUACAAUAUGCCAUAUUAUAUGUGACUCAAUCACUAUCUAGUAAUAUUUAUGUGUGUACAUUAAUCUUUUUUUUUCUCCUUUAUUUUACUAG